CUAAGGACCUUCAAAUCUGUGUGUUAGUUACCGCCUCUCUUGUACCAAUCACGGAUCUCGGAGCUCACACUAGACCUCCGUCGCUUCGCAGAUUCCUUAGUAAACCUGGUUUCCACACAUAUUUUGACUACAAGCGUAGCUGUCGACGUGGAUCCAUGCGUUUCACUAACCAUCGCAUCAUCGAUCGAGCAUAGGCGUCUCCAAUCCCAUCCGACGGCUCUUCUGAACAGCGAGGAUUCUCAGGAUCGGAUGAUCCGUUAAUCUGAGGCGAAGUUGCUGCUCGUGUUACUCACACUGCGAUAUUGAUACGCGAGUUGCAUCUUCGGAAUAGCGUGCCUUGUGCCAAAGACCCUGACCUGACUGAUUCCGACCUCCUCUGACCUCCUCUGAUUCGAACUUCCUUUGAUUCAGACCACUCUGAUUCAAACGCCGUCUCCAAUUCAGACCUUUUUGAGUCAAUCGUCUCUGAUUCAGACCUUCCGCAUUUAGUCGGCUUUGAUUCAGGGCCUUUUGACAAGUCGUCGAUGCGAGGGUGAUCUGGUUCUCUCCUUAACUUUCAGCAUCAACCACAGCAGCAGCAGCAGAGCGACCCGAGUUCCGUCGGUUUCAUUUGAUAGCAACCAACUCGGGUCGAUUUGAGAGCUGCGCUAUGGACGGCAACAGGGAAGCGGGGGAGCGAUGCGUGGAAGUGGCACGCGCUGCUCUAGCUGCUGGCGAUAGAGAGAGGGCGCUUAGAUUCCUACAGAAGGCACAGCGAAUCUACCCCUCACCGGAGGUCGCGGCGUUGCUAGCGCGGGUGGCGGGCUCCCACGCGGAGAAAGGGGGGGAGGCGGAGAGCGCGGGGGGGGCGGGCGGGGGGGGCGCGGCCAGGGACGCGGAAGGCUCUGGGGAAGGGGGAAGGCGCGAGGGGGCGGGUGCGGGGCCGAGCAGCAGAGCGGGGGGGGAGCAGGGGGCAGCGGAUGCCUCGCGGACGAGACAACGGAGCAAAGGACAGAGCUCGAGAGAGGCAGAGGGCGAGCAGGAAGCGCCAGCGUCGGCGGAGCAGGUGCAGCUGGUGGCGCGCAUCCUGCGCACAACGUGCUACUACGAGGUGCUGGAGCUGCCUAAGGGGGCCGCGGAGGACGAGGUCAAGAAGGCCUACCGCAAGCUAUCGCUGAAGGUGCAUCCAGAUAAGAACAAAGCCAAGGGCGCAGAAGAGGCGUUCAAAGUGGUAUCCCGAGCCUUCAAGUGCCUGACUGAUCCAGACCUCCGCGCCAACUACGACCGGUAUGGGCACGAAGACCCGCAGCACCUGCUGCGGCAGCGGCAGCAGCAGAGGCAGCGGCAGCAGUAUGCGGGCGGAAUGGGCCCGCGCAUGUACACGUCCUUCUUUGAGGAUGACGACUUCGACCCGAACGAUAUCUUCAACGCCUUCUUCGGCGUGCAUCCUGCGCAUGCCCAAGCAUUCCGAGCGCAUAUGCACCAGCAGAGGAUGCACAGGCGGCAGCACCACCAGCACAACAACCAGCAGGACGGGCAGGCGCGGCCGUCAGUGAACCCCAUCUUCCUCAUGCAGCUGCUGCCUCUCGUGCUCUUCAUCGCCUACAACCUCCUGCCGUCCCCCGAGGCGCUGUACCGGCUGCGCCGGGACGACGUGUACUCAGAGGAGCAGGUCACCAAGAUCCUCUCGGUGCCCUACUUUGUGAAGCGCGACCCUGACUUUGCCACGACGUACCCUGCGGGGUCGAAGGAGCGGAUGAAGAUAGAGAACAACGUGGAGGCAGACCACAGGGAGCGUGUGGAGACCAUGUGUCAUAAUGAGCGAAUGCAGCAGGCACACUUCUACAAGUGGGGCCAGGUGCAAAGAGCGCGUGCCAUGCACAUGCCAAAUUGUGAGGAGCUCAAGCGCAUACGCACCUUCAUAUUUGGCUGAUUGCAGUUACCAGUUGAGGUGUCGUGUGGCUUGGCUUGUGUAAUAUCCGGUCCGGGAUGCCUCGUCUCGCUAGUGGAAAAUAAUGACAGGUGUGCACCACAAUGUUAGCCGACAAAUCAGGAUUAUCCUACUAUAUCUCACCUCGCUUGCAAAGCUAUUUUGUAACGUUAGG